CAAAAAAUCAAAUACGCAUUAUGGUUCGUCAGACAGGUGUUGCCAACGGUACUCUUCCAACAACGGUGCCAGACGUGCACAAGCAACCACGACCCAAACUACGUCGAUGUAUAGCGAUAACAAUACUAACCUUGAUAGCAUUGCUAGGUCUUGCAGUACUUAUAAGUUGGUUAGCAGUUAGACCAAGAAGAUUAGUCUACACCAUUGAAGAUGGCAAGGUUAAGGAUUUCAACUUGCACAAUAAUCAUCUUAACAUCACAUUUGAUUUCUUUAUAAAGGCGUAUAACCCAAAUAAUAAGGUCUCUUUAUAUUAUGAUUCCGUAGAAGUUAUUGUUUCUUAUGAUGAUCAAACAAUUGCAUUUGAUGUUGUUGAGCCAUUUUAUCAACCUAGUAGCAAUGUGACUAAGUUUGAAGUGAAGCCGAUGGCUAAAUCUGUUUCGUUACUUGGGUCAGUGGCUAAAGAUCUAAAGUUUGAGAAAUCAUCUGGUCAAGUUGAGAUUGAUGUUAGAUUGAAGGCUAGGAUUCGGUUUAAACUUGGGAUUUGGAAAUCUUCUCAUUAUAAUCUAAGGGUGUCUUGUUCUUCUGUAGUUAUUCAUUUGCAUUCAUCUAAAUCAUUUGAAAGAACUUCUUGUGAUGUAGAUACUUGAGAGCUGAAAUUACAUGCAACUUCUCUUUCUCUUUUGUUUUCUUGUUUA